GUUUAAUAGUAGUAGAGAAAAACAAAAACUACGCUGUCGUGAGCGAAGGAAUCCUAUCCCUCGCUUGCCACACGGACGGCCACGAUAGCGUCAACUGUCAGCCGUGCGAUCCCAUCGCCGUCCGCUGCUGGUCCACUCGUCUAUCCCCCACGCAUACUCUUCUUCCUCCGCCUCCGCCCGCCUCACCGUCGCAUGCUCGCCGCCGCCGCCGUGCCGCCCCUGCCGCCGCUCCCCCGCUCGUGCGCCUCGUGGAGACGGUGGAUCCCAUCCACUCCUUUCUCCUCCAGGGACGGACCUGGUUGGCGGCGGGGGACGAGUGGAGGGGCGGUGCAUCCGGCGAUGGCACGGCCGCCGAUCCUCUCCGUUGCACUGCCGUCUGACACGGGGCGCGUGCUCAGCAUCCAGUCCCACACCGUCCAGGGCUACGUUGGCAACAAAUCUGCUGUCUUUCCGUUGCAACUCCUUGGUUUUGAUGUGGAUCCGAUAAACUCUGUACAGUUUUCUAAUCAUACAGGAUACCCAAAAUUUAGAGGACAGGUUCUCAAUGGCAAUCAGCUGUGGGAUCUUAUUGAAGGACUGGAGGAAAAUGAAUUAUUGCACUAUACACAUUUGUUAACAGGUUACAUCGGCUCUGUUUCCUUUUUAAAUACAGUGCUACAAGUCGUCGACAAAUUACGAUCGGUCAAUCCUGAUCUUAUAUACGUUUGCGACCCGGUUCUAGGUGAUGAAGGCAAACUAUAUGUUCCUCAGGAUUUAGUAUCUGUUUAUCAGGAGAAGGUUGUCCCAGUUGCUUCAAUGCUUACACCAAACCAAUUUGAAGUUGAACUACUCACAGGAUUAAGAAUUACCUCCGAACAAGAUGGCUUGAAAGCUUGCAAUACCCUGCACAGUGCUGGACCGCGGAAGGUGAUAAUAACUAGUGCACUUAUUGAAGACAAGCUGCUCCUCAUUGGAAGUUACAAAAGAACAGAGGAACAACCGCCGGAACAAUUUAAGAUUGAGAUACCCAAGAUACCUGCAUAUUUCACGGGGACCGGAGAUUUAACAACUGCUCUUCUACUAGGAUGGAGCAAUAAAUACCCUGAUAACCUUGAGAAAGCGGCGGAACUGGCAGUAUCCAGUUUGCAGGCACUCCUAAGAAGGACAGUUGAAGACUAUAAAAGAGCAGGCUUUGACCCAUCAAGCAGCAGCUUAGAGAUCCGAUUAAUACAAAGCCAGGAUGAGAUCAGAAACCCGCAGGUUACGUGCAACGCCGUGAAGUAUAAAUGAUCCCGUAGUAAUUCUGACAAGCAUCACCACAAAAUUGAGGCCGUCAAACUGUUAUAAGGAGGAAUGGUUGUAAACAAAUGUUGGUCUCCUCGAAGCAUGCCAAGAUUGUCACUGUCAACAUGCACCGCAUAUCGACACGGUUUCUGGCUUCAGUUUUGGGAAAGCCAUUUCUAGCUCGCCUUAGGUUCAAACCCGUAAAGGAUCCAAAUUAGGGAAAACAACAAUAUGUCAUCAUGCUUUUGAUAUAAUCUGUCACUUUUAUUUGUGGCUGUGAGAAUGAAUUGUACAGAAGGUUUAGUUGCAUCUUUGAAGCUUUGUUGUGUUGGUGUUACAAUGAUUAAACAGCAUCUUAUUGAUGUGUUCUGUACCUACUCUUCUUUAUUAAAUUAUUAUGUGUAAACUCAUUGGUGAAUAUUCAA